UGUUCAAAUGAAACUUUAUUAGCAAAAACACACACACACAUACUGUCAGCCUUGCAAGUCAAUGUGGUCAAACAUGUUGCAUUCACGUCUUUAAGUUGAACAUGACACUUUGUAGCAACGUUGUCCCUUUAUUGUAACGUUUGACUCGCGGUGCAUGUGAAGAUGCUCCUCCGGACUGUGUGGUCCAGGCUGGGCUUGGAGGGGAGGCCCGCCUGCAUGUUGGCCUCCACCGGUCUCUCCAGUCCCAUCCAGCGACACCAGUACCAAUCCCAAGCCAGGACGGUCCCAGCCCGCUCCGCCUGCACCGCCUUUUCCAACACCCGCUCCUUAACCUCAAAAUCUCAGCAGCAGUGUUGCACCAGAUAUGUUGCCCCGGCGUUGCGUGGGUGUCAAAGUCUCAGCAGCACCUUGUUAACCCACCACGGGCUGCUGACCAGGUGUUGGAGCAGACAGCAGCAGCGACUGUAUUCGACAGAUCUGGUCAAAUCUGUAUUAAAAUCAGGUGCGAAAACGCCGCCGCCGGUGCCCGCAAAGAGGAUUCCCAAGGGGCCGAGGACGAAACAGCCAUCCAGAGCCAAUCAGCCGGCCCAGGACGAGGUCAAGGACAUGAUGCAGUGUAUUGCUUUUGCAACAGCAGAUCAGUAUCACUUGCCAACGCUUUGCCACGACUUGAUAAGCCAUGGCUUCUAUGAAGUAGAUUUACCAAGAGAUGCCUCGAAUGCACUGGUGAUAUGCACGGAUGUGGCGGCGAAACCCGAUGACAAUGCUCUAAUGUUCUUCUUCAGGGAAGGCUCAGUAGUUUUCUGGAAUGUUGAGGAGAAAACGAUGAAGAAAGUGAUGAGGAUACUGGAACAUCAUGAGAUCCAGCCCUAUGAAGUAGCGUUAGUCCACUGGGAAAAUGAAGAAAUCAACUACAGCGUUGGCGAGGGCAACACAAAGCUUGAACGUGGCAACUUCCUUCUCAGUAACAGCAUAGAGCAACAUGAGUCCGUUUUAGAGAAAUUUGCAUUUUCAAACGCACUGUCUUUAUCAGUGAAACUUGCAAUAUGGGAAGUGUCGUUAGACAACUUUGUAGAGUCAAUUCAAUCAAUUCCAGAGACGCUGAAGUCUGGUAAAAGAGUUAAGUUGUCUUCGGCAGAGGUCAUGAAGAAGAUAGGAGAGCUCUUUGCUCUAAGACACUGUAUAAACCUGAGGUCUGACCUGCUCAUCACACCUGAUUUCUACUGGGACCGAGAAAACCUGGAGAAGCUCUAUGAGAAGACCUGCCAGUUCCUCAGCAUCAACCGCAGGGUCAAUGUUGUGAAUGAGAAGCUGGAGCAUUGCACACAGCUGACAGACCUCAUGAGGAGCCACCUGAGUGAGAAGCACAGCUUGAGGUUAGAGUGGAUGAUAGUUAUCCUCAUCACCAUUGAGGUUAUGUUUGAACUCGUAAGAAUGAUCUUCUAACAGCCUCAGCAGCGGCGGUGCACAAAUCAAAAGGGACAAUGGAGGAGCGCCAGCCUGUAAGAAUCCUCUCUGUCUGUCAUGUGACGUCGUCUGAAAGUAUGAAAACAUGAAACGGACCCAAAUGUUUCUGACCUUAAGCUGUUUGUCUUCUGUGUACCUUUCCACAACAUCCAAUGAGCAUUUUUUCUACUGUUUCUUUACAUUUAUUUAUUUUUUUUUUUGCUGAAUGUCACGAUCUGAGGGCCAUUUCAAAAUUGAUAUUCAGCUUUUUCUGUGUAUUUUGCUUUUAUGAAAAAGUGUAUUAGUGUAAUUUUUGAUCUGUUCAGAUCAGCAAUAGAUACAAGUCAAGAAAUGAGAAUAAAUUUAUCUAAACAUGAAUCCAUACAAAAAAGGACUUUGCGAGCUUUUUUCUGUAUUUGCAUGAAAUAUACCAUCUCAAUCAAUAUUUAUCA